AUGGCUGACAAGGGAGGUAUAUGCCCUUCGGAUAUCGAAGGAGGGCAUCAUCUGCUCCCUUCUGAUGAGAGCGACCAAGACAGCGACGACGAGGCAGGGCACUCGCCGCACGAUCCCAGCUGCGAAAUAAGCGCAUCUCCGGAGCCUUGCAGGAAAUCCUGCGUCUCGGUCUCGGACGGCUCGCUGGAGGGCGACCUAGAGAGCGGGAUUUCUGAGAGUAAGACGGCGAGUCCGGAGAGAGGUGGGAGCGAUUGCCGGAUUUGUCAUCUCAGCCUGGAGAAGGCAUCUCCGGAUGCGGGUGCGCCGAUCGAGUUGGGGUGUUGUUGCAAGGACGACCUGGCUGCUGCCCACAAGCGAUGCGCUGAGACGUGGUUUAAGAUCAAGGGAAACAAGACAUGUGAGGUUUGCGGCUCGAUCGCGAAGAAUGUGGUGGGUUCAGGCGAGACCGAACCCACCGAGCACUGGAACGAAGCUGCUACUGCAUCUCCACCACCUUCAUCAUCAUCAUCAGAAACACAGAGCUCUUGGCAGGGCCACCGGUUUCUCAACUUGCUGCUUGCGUGCCUGGUGUUUGCCUUUGUCAUCUCCUGGCUAUUUCAUUUCAAUGCUCCAGGCUGA